AUGGCAAAAUACGAGGUUGACUCCCACUCUUUGCUCCAUACUGCGUUCUCUAGAUUGAUGCAACUGGCCAAAAAACACUUCAAUCAUUCGCGCAUUUUGGCUACCGUCGAUCAGAUAUUAACUGUUAGCAAGGAUUAUUUCUUCAACUCGAAAGCCAUCAACAAAUCUGGACCACCGAGUUCGCGCGGCUGCAGAAAGAAAAGAGCAAAACAGUCGACGGACGAGUCUACUGUUGAGGAUUAUUAUGAUGAGGACUGCGCUGCUAACAACUACAACUUCAACAAUAAAAACACUAAACUCACCAGAAACAACAACAAUAACAACAACAACAACAAUAAUAGUAAUAAUGAAAAUAUUGGAUAUGCAAAUUGUGCAGACGAUUGCGACGAUGAAAAUUAUGAUAGUAUCAACAACAAUGACGACUGUAUCAACAACAUUGAUGGCGGUUGUGAUAAUGAUUACAGUGGUUGUGAUAAUGAUGUUGAUUAUUAUGAUGAUACGAAUGCCAUAGGAGGUGGUGGGGGUGGCGGUGGUGGUGUUGGUGGUGAUCCCGAAAUAAUUCGUCCAACGGUUAACAAUAAUAACAACAAUAAUAUUUACAACAACAACAAUAAUAAUAAUAACAACAAAAACAGUGUUAUCAAUAGUGGCAAUAAUAAUAAUAAUUAUAAUAAUAAAAAUAAAAUGAUUAAAAAUCCCAAAAACAAAAACAUGAGAUCUCGCAACGAUAAUAAUAAAAGUGAUAGUAAUAUAAAUGAUAGCAAUAAUAAUAAUAACAAUAAAAAUAGUAAAAAUAAUACUGCCAAGUGGCGUCGGGUUCGAAUGCAGAGAUGUGCACUCCUGCCUUGCUGA